AUGACGCCUGAUAGCCAUGCUGCCGAGUAUGCAUACGACCCGACCCCCGCGGACGCGAUCCCUCCCAUCGGGCAGAACAUGCUCAUGCAUCUAUUUGAACACCCUGGCUACGCGGACGUGACGCUCUUCCUCUACGACAGGUCUCCCAGGAAGCUUCGGAGGCAGCUCGAAGCCUGUCCGCGGAGAGGUAGUUCCGUCGGCUGGGACGUCCGGUUUGUCGAAGGCCUCGACUGGUAG